CUCCCCCUCCCUCUUCUUCCUCCUCCUCCAUUAUCUCUCUCUUUCCAGGCUCCACUUUCUACCAUCUCUCUCUAGAAAAAGGAAGGAAGCAGGCAGGCCGGGUCGGCCAUGGGGUUCCCGUCUGUGUGCUACUGCGUGAUCCUGCCGCAGCCGCUCAUCCUGGUGCUGCAGCUGCUGGACUUGCUCCGGCACGCCGUCCUGCUCUGCCUCUCCUCGCUUGGCCUCGCCGCGCCGCCGGCCGCCGACGACCACCCGGCCUACGCGGCCCCGCCGCCGGACCUCUGGGCGCUGCCGCCGUCCCUGCAGGCGGCCGCGGCGGCGCCGCCGCCCACGCCGGCCGCCAUCAAGGCCCGCCUCCCCGCCGUCCGGUACGCCGACCUCCUCCGGGCCCGCCGCGCCCCGGCACCGGCCACGUGCGCCGUGUGCCUGGGCGCGCUCGAGGCGCGGCACCGCGUCCGCGAGCUCGGCAACUGUGCGCACGCCUUCCACAAGGCGUGCAUCGACAAGUGGGUCGACAAGGGCCAGGCCACCUGCCCGCUCUGCCGCGCGCUCCUCCUCCCCGGCGCGCCCGACGACGGCGCCGGCGCCUCCUACUCGCCCUUCUCCUUCUGAGACCUCGCGCGCAUGCUCCAACGAACCGAGAAGAACCGAAGCCCGCCCAGCCCGAUUGAGAGCCAGGUCAGUUAACCAGCUCGGUGUCCAUAGCUGCCUACCUAGCUGAUGCGCGCCUGUCGUACGUCCGGCCCGUCCAUCCAUGGAUCCAAGCUUUCUUGGGAGCAAUGAAAUGGGGGAGGAGGAGGAGGAGAGGGAAAGGAGAGAGAGAGAGAGAGGAGGUGUCAGUGAGUGUGAGGUGGUGGAGUAUUAUUGGUUGGUGAGGCACUAAUUAUGAGGAGGACAGGGAUGGCUACCUGCAUUGGAUCUGGUGAAUGCAUAGAUCCAUCCAUCCACUCCACCCUUCUUCUCUUCUGCCACUCCAAUUCAACCCCUCUCUCUCUCUCUCUCUCUCUCUCUCUCUCUCUCUCUUGUGAUGAGGGCUCCCCUUAUUAUUGUUAACUUAAUUUGUGAGGGGAUCCAAGAGAGAUGUACAUUGUACAUAGCUGCCUCCACUUGACAAUAUUGCAAGGAAUAAUUUGUCUCUCACAUGA